AUGAGCCAGAUAUAUCCCCGCACUAGAACAGGCUGCUUGACUUGCCGCCAGCGAAAAAAGAAAUGCGACGAAGCGAAGCCGGGUUGCCGUGCGUGCAAGCGUAACAAAUUGGACUGCUCAUGGCCACCCCACAUACGCAGGAGAUUCAAUCUCGAUAAUAACCAGACAACAUCUAAUACUGGAGACACCAAUGCCUUGGUAUUGGUUGGGAAGAGCUCCUCCGAAACCUCGGCUGAGUCUACAUCCCCUUCUCUUUCUGCUGGGAUCUCCCCUGGGUCUACGCUAAACACCGAGCGGUCCCAGCUCGAUGAAGUCGCCUGGUCUCCAAGAUUCAACAAUUUUAUUAGCCCCAUACGAGCCGGCAUGUUGUCGCCUGUGUCCCAGGUCUUAAUCUCGCAUUAUCUUGAAUCUACUGCCCCUAAAUUAGCGCCCUCGCCGGACGUGCCAUUUGUCUCUUGGAUUAUGCCCGUCGCCUAUAAUGAUGAUCUUUUAAUGCACAGUAUUCUGGCAUUAAGUGGGGCGCAUCUCUCUUGCUCAAAAGAGAGUAUCGAGAUUCAGCAUGCAACUUCCCGGCACUAUUCCUUGGCUGUGCAAACUCUUCGCCGAAUCUCGGAGGAUGAGACGCUGCUUCGCGAGCCCCUCGUACUCCUUCGAUUAAUACUUACUGUGAUGAUCCUUUGUCACUACGAGGUAAUUUCAGGAAACCUCGACGGGUCCCCCUUUGCCCACCUUCGGGCAAGCCGUUACCUGCUUCUGGAAUUGCGGAACAGACGUGAGCAGAUCAAAACGGCAUCAGAACUAAAAUUGUAA